AUGAGCAGCCUCAAACAUGGUGUAAACCUCAGGCAUAUGCAGCAGAGGAAAAACAAGAAUAACAACCAUCUCUGGCUGAUCCCUCAGUUUUUCAUUACUUUGGGCGUCACAGGGGCCGGGCUCUACCUGAUCCGUCUGGCAAGAGGGCCUCGUGUCAUCCUCUGGGACAAAAAGAACAACCCUGAGCCCUGGAACAAGCUUGAUCCAACCUAUCAAUACAAGUUUGUGGCCGUCAACACCGACUACAAGAGCCUGAAGAAAGACAGACCCGACUUCUAAACAACAACAACAAAAAAAGGUCCUUCAGGCAACUCCAGGGGUACCGAGUUUAACCAGACCCCCUCUCCAGCUGUCGCCUCACUGAUCCAGAACUUCCUGUCUCACCUUGUGCAACAGAAAUUAAUAUGGUGAAGACAUCGUUUUAAAACAUAUCACAUGAGGACAGUUUUAGAGGAUGAUCAUUUGUUUGUAGGAUAACGUUUCUGCUUUAUUAAACCCUUUUAAUUGGGAUAAAAAUGUUUGACAGUUUUGUUAUACAUCUUCUGUUUCUGAUAAUUAACCCAACUGUCGUAGUUAAUAAAAUAUACCACACACUUAAUGUACUUUCAAAGCUCAAAUG